AUGGAGUCCGGGUCCCAUUCUCAGCUCACCCACGCGGGCGCACUCCCUGCCGGACAAGAAAACGCCCAGCCAGCGCCACGAUGCAGUGACCUCGAGGCCAAUAGGUCCAAACAUGAUGUUGGCUGGCGCCGCGUUGUGCGCAAUUUUACCCCAGCGUGGUUCUCGGUGAAUAUGGGAACAGGAAUCGUCUCUCUUCUCCUCAACACUUUGCCGUACAAUGGUCUCUGGCUGUACUACAUUUCCAUCAUCGUAUUUGUUCUCAAUGUCGUUUACUUCGUCACGUUCUGUGUUGUCGCGGCUCUGCGAUACACUCUGUAUCCGGAGAUAUUCAAGGCGAUGAUCACUCACCCGGCGCAGUCGAUGUUUCUAGGCACUUUUCCGAUGGGACUAGCGACGAUUAUCAACGUGUUCUGCAACGUAUGUGUCCCAGCAUGGGGCGACGGGGCAGCGUACUUUGCCUGGGCUUUGUGGAUCGUGGACGCGGUGCUUUCCGUGUCGACAGCAACCGUCGUCCCACUCAUAGUGAUGACGCGCAAGAGCGAAAUUAGCUUAUCUUCAAUGAACGCUGCUUGGCUUCUACCUAUUGUGUCGUGCAUUGUUGCUUCAUCCUCCGGGGCAGUUGUGGCAGGCGUGCUCCCCAAUGCGCAACACGCCCUUUGGACCGUGAUGGUCAGCUACGCGCUCUGGGGAAUGGGUGUUCCACUCGCGAUGAUGAUCAUGACCAUCUACCUGCAACGUCUUCUUCUUCAUAAGCUUCCGCCUAAGACGGUUCUAGUCAGCGUAUUCUUGCCCCUGGGUCCUCUCGGCCAGGGCGGCUUUGGAAUUCAAAAACUAGGCGAAUAUAUCCUAAAGAUAUUUCCCGAGACGCAAUCACUCCAUGGUUCUACGGGCCUCAUCUUCUACGAAGGUGGCUUCAUCAUCGGUCUGAUAAUGUGGGCAUUCGGACUAAUCUGGUUCUUUUUCGCUGUUGCUUCUCUCAUCCGGGCCCGGAAGUUCCCCUUCAACUUGAGCUGGUGGGGAUUGACCUUUCCCAUUGGCGUUUAUGCGAUGUGUACCUGUCAACUGGGAAGAGAGCUGCCGUCGACAUUCUUCGCGGUACUUGGAACUAUAUUCUCCGUCACGGUCGUGCUCCUAUGGCUUUUUGUCAGCUUCCACACUUUUAGAGGCAUUGUACGAGGCGAUAUUUUCGUUGCGCCAUGUCUGGCGGAUUUGGAAAGGAAGAAAAGAGAAGAGGCGCGAAGCAAUUAA